AACGAAAGCUGGAAACAACCCGAACAACAGCAGCGCCAACAGCAACGCCACUAGCAACGCCUCCUUGAACGGCAACAGCCACAGCAGCAGCAUCAGCAGCAACAACACCACCACCACAACAGCAACAGCAACGUCUGCAGCCAGCAACAUCAAGGAGCCCGCCAUCAGACAGCCGCGUACCCCUGUCUCCGGACCAGUAGCCGGCGCCAGCAAUACCACCUCAACUACCGCCACCACCAACACCACCACCACCACCAACAACAACUUAAACAACUUCCUCCUCAGCAACAACAGCAACAACAGUGGCGGUGUCGGUGUCGGUAUCGGCGGCCCGGGCGCGGCGGGUGGUGGAGUAGGCAGCGCACCCGCCCUAUGCACCAACAACAACAGCCAGCUGCUGGAAGAACUGGCCGCUCUCAUCUCUUCUAGCUUGGGCGCGGACAUGAACACACCGCCGACUGCUCUUGCAGCCAACAGCAGCAACAGCAACAGCGGCAACAGCAACAGCAAGGCUGACAAGUGCGCCGGAGUGCAGGUGAAGACAGAGAACACGAGCACCAGCAGCAGCCCGUCUUGUAACGCCGUCCAGCAGAGUCACGUGUCCUCCAGCAAGCCCUCCUUCAUACCCAACGACCUCUUGGGAUCUCUGCUUCUCAAGGCCCUGAACAGAUUCUUGUUUGUGGUAAACAGUCAAGGGAAAAUUGAAUUUAUCUCCGAGAAUGUCACACAGUUCUUAAAAUACUCUCAGGAGGACUUGAUAGGAGAAAGCAUUUACAAUUUCAUCCAUGUUGGAGACCACCCACAAUUCAGCAACAGUCUUCUGCCUAUGACAUUGACGAGUGGUCUAGCAUGGCCAAGCGAUUCUCCAACCACCCGCGGGUGCAAUUUCCACUGUCGUAUGCUUGUUAAACCUCCAACUGAAGAAGAAGAGGAUGUAGAAGUGAAGCAGACGUAUGUAUCACAAUAUGAGAGUAUGCAAAUCACAGCCAUUUUCCAGCCGUACCUGGCCCAAAAGUUGACCGAAUCACAGCUUAGUUCCCCCCACGCCAACGAGAACCAGACGUGUCUGGUGUGCAUUGCGAGCUGUCUCCCUAUGACAGAGAAGACCAAUAUGAUGAUAGGAGGGAUUGACCAAUUUUCUUCUAAACAAGACCUGGAUGGGAAGAUCGUCAGUGCGGAGAGCAGAGCAAUUUCCAACAGCCAUGGCAUUGUGGAGCUUGAAGGGGCGUACAUGAGAGAUUUCUGCCACGCCAAUGACGUACAUCUGGUCAAAAAACACUCUCAGGAAGUCCUGAAGAAUGGGUGCAACACUAGCGGCGUGUACCGCUUCAAGCUGCAGGAGAACCGCUACGUCUUUGUGCAGACCAAGAGUAAACUGAUGAACAACCAUGUCACGGGCAAGCCCGAGUUUAUCAUGUCCACCCAUACCAUCAUACGAGACUGCGACUCGGACGUGGAGCUCAAAGGCUCCGCCUCGACCAGUCUGAUGAAGUCUGUGAUCGGCAGCCGGCCCUCGCCCCUCUCUCUGGGCCCGUUCUCCACCAGCCUGGCCCCGAUGCUGUCCAUGCCGUCGCCGUCGGCCGGGGCCAUGAGCGGCCUGACUCCCACGGGCGGUCCUGGUCUGGGCUCCAUCGACUCCGACCUCGAGAUGUUUGCUGACCUGGAUUUUUUAAACGGACUCAACAAUGAGCCGGCAGAUGUGAAACCGGUUCUCACUGGCUCCACCGUAGGUCCGAACCAGAACAGCUGGGGCUCGAUGCAGUCCCUCAAGUCUCCCACCUCGACAGGCGCCCCCAGCCCGCUGCAGUGCGCGCUGCAGGCGGGGCCCCAGGUCCUCCAGGGCGGGGGCAUGAAGCGACUGCCCAUGCUCAACAUGGUGCCCAAAAGCAACUCCAUGACUUCGUUUGACGGCACGCAGAAGAGCCCCGGCUUCGCCCCCAGUCCGGGAGGGGGCCCCCGCAGCGCCGGAUUUAACCAGCGCGGCAUGAUGGGAACUUACCCUGGCCAGCGGAGCCCCGGGAUGGGUAUGGGAGCUGGCGGGACGGCCCUGCAGCAGAACCGCAACCAGGGCGGCCAGUUCACUAUGGGCUUUCAGAGGAAGACGCCAGUGUCCCCACUCAUGUCGCCUCACUCAGGUUAUCCCCAAAGCCCUGCCAGCUGGAGGCGGUCGCCAGCGUCUGUCCCACCAACCCCUCCGGGCGCGGGAGACUACAGCACGUCCAUGAACGUGUCGCACCCGUCGCCGCUACAUGCCCUGCAGAGCCUGGACUCCACCUCCAACUCGGGCUUGUCGGGCCUGGACAUUAACGUAAAUGCAGCCUCGUUUCCCUCCUCGUCGUUUAUGUCAUCGUCGUCGUCGCCCUCCUACUCAACCGGAGGUAUGGACCUUAAUGGACAUCAGCACGCCACGUCGACAAUGGCGGGGAAUAACGGCAACAACAAUAACUCGAAUCUAGUUGGUGGUCGAGCCACCCCCAACAAUAACAGUAACAACAACAACGGGUCCUCCACCCAGCAGACUCGUAAGCUGUGCCAGCUUCUCACGCAGAGCACCACACCUGAGCCUCUUCACUCGCCCGCCUCCAGCGAGGGCCGUCGGCCAAUCGCAGGCCGGAACAGGCGGGUGUCUGGUCAGAUAGGCCCCUCCCACCCGUCAGGUGGAGGCGGGAUGAACCCGGUGUCUAGCAGCGGCGCCAACAUGGCCGCCAUGGCUAGCAGUUGCCUUCCUACCAGCAUGUCGAACCUCUCGGUGGACAUGCAGGCUCACAUCAGUAACAGUGGCAGCGCAAACGUGGGUGGGGGCGGGGCUGGGAGCAGUAGCUCCGCCCGCCUCAAGUCACCUGACGACAACAUCCACCAAUCCCCGACAGAGGGCCCCGGACAGAGCCCCCAGGAGAAGCCACAGAGCACGUCCAACGAGGACGGGGACAUGGAGAUGAGCGUAGCGAGCAGUAGCAGCGCCGGGGGGAACAACAACAGCCUGGGCGUGAGCGGCCCGGGGUCGGGUCCUGGCGCCAACAACAGCAGCUCUGGUGGCGAGAGUAACGACAAGAGCAACAUCAUCCUGAAGAAACUGCUGAGCCAGGACGAUGAUGAGGACGAGCUGCCCACCAUCACCCACGGGAUGUCGCAGGCGGCCAUGGGCUCGUCGGCGGGGGUCUCCGGCUCCGACUUCCUGCGGCUUGGGGAUAAGAACGAAGCGGAACCUAAGCAAGCAAACGCUCUGCUGAAGGUAAUGAUGCACAAGCAAUUGCUGGACGACGAGGCCAAGAGCCACGGCCGCGAGCGCAUGAACGAGGGACUGCGGAAGGAGAUUGAGAACGCCCAGUCCAAGACCAUGGCCGGAGUCUCCUCCAGCUCAGCCGCAGCCACAGCCACCGCAGCGAUCACCACCACCACCGCCGCCCCCUGCCCGGCCGCCACCAAGAGAAAGCUGAGCACGGGCCGCGAGCUGCUGAACCACCUCCUGGAGGACAGCGAUGAGGAGGCGGCCGCGGCUGGUGGUGGGGGCAGCGUUACGAUGUCGGCCCCCGCUGAGAGCACGUCCACAGAGCAGGACCCGGGCUCGGCGUCGCGGUCCAGACACCAGUCGGAGCAGCAAGAACCUCAGUCCACCUCCGCCCCAGCCUCGCACUCAGAACCCCCCACGCCGCAGGGCAGCGGCAACUCCAACAUUUCUCCGGCACUGGUGAACCUCCUGGAGAACAUCCGGCGGGACGGACCCUCGGACCUACCCAACAAACAGCUGGAUGACCUCCUGCACAGCCUGUGGGAGAGGGACCGGGAUCUGCCCAAGCAGGAGCCCACACUGAGCAGCAGCAGCACCCCGGCCCCAGGGGGCGCCACCAGCAUGUCAAGCAACGUGGACAGCAGCAGCGGCGGAGGGGGUGGCAGCCACGCCUCCAAGCGCCGCAAGAUGUCCCUCUCGGACGUGGACAGCAGCGAUGGGGUGGGCGUGGACACGGAGCCCAGCACCUCGUCCGGGAGCGCGGGGCUGCCCGGCUCGGCCCAGAGCUCGUCUCUGUCGCAGAGGAAUGCCCUGCUAGCCCAGCUGCUGUGCCAGAGGGCGCCGAAGGAGAGGGUGGUCAACACGCACAUCUCGGGUACGACCAACCCCACGGCAGUGCCGCAGUCGCGGUUCAAGUCGAAUGUUUUGGAUAGUAAGUGCAUCACGGUGGGGAACCUGGCCGACGGCGGGCCCCCUGGUGGUGCUGGGGAUGCCAUGGGGAUGAAGGGAAACAACAACAACGGCAUUAUGGGAAGUGGCGGGAUGCCGGGCAUGGUGGGAGCCACGGCUGGCAUGUCGGACAAACAGCGCAACUUGUACGCUCGACGAGGCCUGCCCACUUCGAUGUCGGGCAACCCAAAUAAUAAUAACGGUAACAACAAUAAUAAUAAUAACAAUAAUAGCAAUAACUUGCCCAACUUUCUGGCGCAUUUCCCGAGUAUGGAUACGAGCCCGGGUCUGAGCGGGAAUGAGAUCGUGUCUGCGGACAGUCAGCUCAGCCAGAUACAAAGUUUCCUGGAGAGUGGGGACUCGUACCUUACCUCGGCCGGUGACUUUAUGCCUGGUGACUCUGGCAGCAGCGGGGGAGACAGUUCCCUCAACGACGCCUUGUUGUCGCAGAUACUACAGCAGGCCGCCGAUCUAGAGGAGGAUCUACACCGCAACGCUCUCUCCGGCAACAACAGUGGCAACAACAACAACAACAACAACAAUUCCGGUGGUGGGAGUGGUGGCGUCGGCAUGGGUGCUGGUGGGAUAGGUCAGAUGGGGUCCAGCGCUGGCGUGAGUGUGGGCGUGGGUGUGGGCAUUCCCUCUCAAGGCAUGGGGGUUGGCGGGCAGGUGGUGGGUGGCGGGCCGGUGGGCUCGAGCAGUGCGGCCGUGACGUCGAUUGCCGAGGCCCUCAGUGCCGGCCCCGUGUCGUCCAUGCAGCACCGGGGGCUCAACCCCAUCCAGCAGCAACAGCAGUCACAGGCACAGCAGCUUCAGCAGGACCGGCUGCGCAUGCUUUCCAAUCAGAAGCAGCAGAAAUUCCAGCUGCAGCAAAAGCAAAGGUUACUGCUCCAACAGCCGCAACAACAACAACAACAACUACAAAAGUCUCAGGACGCUAACGCUGCCAUUUCUCAACAGAAGUUUCUCAUGUCCCCCCAGCAGCCUUCCUCCACUACCUCACUACCACCCUCCUCGAUCGUCGCCUCCUCCGCAUCCUCAUCUGUCUCAUCCACAUCCGCCACCUCAUCACAGCCAAUGAACCCUUCCCAACUGCAACCUCUAUCACAACAACAACAACAACAACAACAACAACAACAACAACAACAGCAUCAACAACAGCAACAACAACAAGGCCAGCAGUCGUUGGCCACGGACAUCGACGUGAAUGACGAACUCAACCUGGUGGCUCAGUUGGAAGAGAUAAUGAAAGAGACGGGGAACUGGCCCAGCGAGAACUUCCUCACCAUGGGCAGUGCCGGCCAGGUGCGACAGGGCGGCCCCUCCAACUUGGCCAACGAACAGCAGGCCAUCGACGGGAUUAAACGCCAGUUGAUGGGAGAUGACCCGAUCCUCCCUUCGCAGCAGCAGCAGCAGCAGCAGCAGCAGCAACAACAACAGCAGCAGCAGCAGCAGAUAAUGGGUGCUGGAGUGGAUGGAGGACGGCAAGGGUUGCAGCGGACGCUACAGCAGCAGCUCCAGUCGGGCCUCACUCAACAACAGCAGCAGCAGCUGUCGCAGAUGGUGGUGGGGCCCGGCGGUCACUACGCCGCCACCGCCCAGCAGCUCAAGCAGCCGGCCUUGCAGCCGGGCUUCAAUGCUGGGAUGAGGCCGCAGCAGCCCCGUCAGCCGCAGCCACAGCAACAGCAGCAGGGCUUCACACAGCCACGAGCGACCGUGCCUCACCCCGCGGGUCCCCUGGCCCCAGCACUGCGCCCGGCCGGCCUCAGCUCACAGAACAUGAUGGUCCGACAGAACCUUUUGCACCAG